AUUGCAGAAUCCCAGAAAAGUAGAAGAAGAAGGAGAAUAACUUUUUUCACACCUUCAGAGAAAAUCUCAGAAGGAGACAAGACUUCUACAAUGGCCGACAACCUCUUUGAAGGCCUUCCUCCGCCUUCUGCAAAUCCUCCUACUCCUCCGUCUGAAUUCCAAGAUUCACAGCUCCGCCCUAAAUCUGCUGCUUCCGACGGAGAAACUUCUCCUCUUCCCCCUCCGAUUCCGGUCGUCAAAAGCGCGCUCAAGCGUCCCAAACUAGUGGAACCAACUCCUGAAGCCGAAGCCCCAGCGGUAGUCCCUGAAAAGAAGAAGCUGAGGUUUAAGACGACAACGGAUGCGUCGGAGAAGCAAGUGAUAGAGGCAAUGCAAAAGAUAGCUUCGCAUAUCAAGAGUCCUGGAAAGUUUGGUAAGGCUUCAAAGCUUGCAAUACAGCUGAUUCAGGCUGGUAGCGUCAAGUCUGAAACUAGUGAUUACUUCUUUGCCAUACUGGAGGCUGCAAUGUCGUUGCCUACUUGUACCGAUCCUUCUGUGCGGGCAGAUUUCCAUGCGCUGUUCUCGGUGGCAAAUGACGCCUCUGAAUGCUUAAAUAACAGGCAAAAGAAUCAAUUGGCUACAUGGACGAUCAUGACAGUAGUGGCAAACGAUUUAUUCACUGAUGACAGCUUUGUGUUUUCAAAAGCAGCUGGACGAAUAAAAGAACUGAUAUCUAAUCUUCCAGUUGCAACUGAAGAUGAUGACAUAGAGGAAGCUGCUUCUCUGAAAGAUCCAACAGAAACAACAAAUGAGGUUAGUCAAAUCAAGAUAGACAAGUCUUCAGAUGCACCGUCUGAAGAAACUAGCAAGCAAGAGUCCGAUCUGUUUGGACUUGAUGCUCUUAUUCCUAGCACAGCAAAGAAGAACAAGAAAACCAAGGGGAAGAAAGAGGCAACAAUAAAGAUCAAGGAGGGGGACGAGACUAAGAGAUACCUUAAGUCACAAAGAGAAGCGUUGAUCACUUGUUUAGAGAUUGCUGCUCGGCGUUAUAAAACUGCAUGGUGCCAAACAGUCAUAGACAUCUUAGUAAAACAUGCAUUUGACAACGUAGCGAGGUUUACAUCUCAACAACGAGACGCCGUUGAGAGACUUUGGACUUCUAUCCGGGAACAACAAACUCGUAGAAAGCAAGGGAAAUCAGUUAGCGGGAAACUUGAUGUGAAUGCCUUUGAGUGGCUGCAGCAAAAGUAUGCUGGUGAAAAGAUCAGCAUACGGCAUGCUGUUGGUGGAAGUGGAGACCGUCGUGCUCAACAGUGGCUUGGUUGAUUGUUUUAUAGUCAUUUUUGCAGGAAUGUCGAUCAUUAUUAGGGAGACAAAACUGUAAUUGUCAAUUGAGGUUCUGUCUUUCCAAAUGUAAAAUGACCUUUCAGUGUAGAACCGUAUUCAUUAAUACCCUUACAUGUAUAACUUGUAUUUCUUGUCACUAGAGGAAUUUGGAAUGCUAUGUGGCUAGAAUUUCGCUCUUAUGGUACACGACUCACCAAAAAUGUUGCCCAAUAAAAUUAU